ACUGCGGACAUAGUACAGGAGAUGACCAGAGACUGCGGACAUAGUACAGGAGAUGACCAGAGACUGCGGACAUAUUACAGGAGAUGACCGGAGACUGCGGACAUAUUACAGGAGAUGACCGGAGACUGCGGACAUAUUACAGGAGAUGACCGGAGACUGCGGACAGUACUAAAGAAGCCGGCGCGGGAAGACUGGACAGAGGAACAGGUAAGGUCCUGCUGCAGUGCUGAUCGGCCGGCCCAAUAUUCUGACGCGGCGGUGGAAAUACCA